CCAAAGCAACUAUGAGAAUCAAUUUUAGAGUAUUCAUUAGGACAUUAUCUUCCGGUGGAAGAUUACCUCCGGUUAAGCUUACUUACCAAAAUAUGCUCAAGGAUCCAUCAAUUAAAUAUCCACCACCAAAACAUAUUAAUUUACCCAAUAGAACUUGGCCAAACAAGGUAAUAACCAAAGCCCCUAGAUGGUUAUCUACUGAUUUAAGAGAUGGUAAUCAAUCAUUACCUGACCCUAUGUCUGUUGCUGAGAAGAAAGAAUAUUUCCACAAGUUAGUCGAAAUUGGAUUCAAGGAAAUUGAAGUUAGUUUCCCAUCAGCUUCUCAAACUGAUUUUGAUUUUACCAGAUAUGCUGUUGAACAUGCUCCUGAAGAUGUAUCUAUUCAAGUUUUAACCCAGUCUAGAGAACCAUUAGUUAGAAGAACUGUUGAAUCUGUUAAAGGUGCCAAGAAGGCAAUCAUUCAUAUAUAUUUAGCUACUUCGGAUGUUUUCCGUGAUGUUGUCUUUGGAAUGUCCAAGGAAGAUGCUAUUUCCAAGGCAGUUGAAACUACCAAGUUAGUCAGGUCCUUAACUAAAGAUGACCCAAGCAUGAAUGAAACUGAAUGGAACUUGGAAUUCUCUCCUGAAUGUUUCUCAGAUACUCCUGUUGAAUUUGCUGUAGAAAUCUGUGAAGCUGUCAAGAAAGCCUGGGAACCAACUGCAGAACAUCCAAUGAUUUUCAACUUACCUGCCACUGUUGAAGUUGCUGGUCCAAAUGUGUAUGCUGAUCAAAUUGAGUAUUUCUGUACUCACAUCACCGAACGUGAAAAGGUUGUUGUUUCAACCCAUUGUCACAAUGACCGUGGUUGUGGUGUUGCUGCUACUGAAUUAGGUAUUUUAGCUGGUGCUGACCGUGUUGAAGGCUGUAUCUUUGGUAAUGGUGAACGUACUGGUAAUGUUGAUUUAGUUACUGUUGCUUUAAAUAUGUACACUCAAGGUAUUGCUCCAGAGCUUGAUUUCUCUGAUCUUGAAAGUGUUAUUGAAGUUAGUGAAAGAUGUAACAAGAUUAAUGUGCAUCCAAGAGCUCCAUACGGUGGUUCUCUUGUUGUUUGUGCCUUUAGUGGAUCUCAUCAAGAUGCUAUCAAGAAGGGCUUCUCCAAGGCCGAAGAAAGAGUUAAAAAGGGUGAUAUCAGAUGGGCCAUGCCAUACUUGCCAUUAGAUCCAAAGGAUAUUGGUAGAAAUUAUGAAGCUGUUAUUAGAGUUAAUUCUCAAUCGGGUAAAGGUGGUGCCUCUUGGGUUAUUUUAAGAUCAUUAGGUUUGGAUUUGCCAAGACAUUUACAAGUGGCUUUUUCCACUUUAGUCCAACACAAGGCUGAUUCAUUAGGUAGGGAAUUAUUAACUGAAGAAAUUUGUCAAUUAUUCACCAAUGAAUAUUUACAUAAAUCAGAUCCAUUCCACCUUGUUGAUUUCAACAUUACAAAGGUUAAAGAUGAUCGUGAAAUCAAGGCUGUUCUUGCAAGUUCAACUGGUGAAGUCACUAUUUCCGGACAAGGUAAUGGUCCAAUCUCAGCAUUUGUUGAUGCUCUUUCAAAUAAAUUUGGUAUCUUGUUUGAAGUUGUUAAUUAUAGUGAACACUCUUUGGGUAGUGGGUCAAGUAGCAAAGCUGCAACAUAUGUUGAAUUAUCAUACUUAAAUUCAAAUGAUAAAAGAGUUAGUAAAUGGGGUUGUGGUAUCCAUACCGAUGUUUCCCAAGCCUCGAUUGAAGCUAUUCUUUCAGUUGUUAAUUCAUUGAUUGAUUCAAAGGAGAUUUCUAUUUAGUCUGAAAUUUAAUUCUGUGGUUUUAUAGCGUAAUAAAAUAAAGCAAUU